UGCUCCUCCAUCCCUCCGCCUCUCUGCUCCUCCAUCCCUGCCUCCUCCAUCCCUCCGCCAAGCUCUAUUUCCUCCUCUCCAUCCUCCUCUUUCUCCGCUCGGUUGUUACGAUGCUCCCGCCCGGCCUGGCCGGCCUGCGUGCUCCGUGUGUGCGUUGGUAGUAGAUCGGCAGGUCGGUGCAGAUCGCGUGUCCGUCAUGGUGCAGAAAUCCCGGAACGGCGGGGUGUUCCCCGGAGCACAGGCCGACCAGAAGAAGCUGAAGGUCGGCUUCGUGGGUCUAGAGGCCGGGGGGACCGAAUCCAGUCGGGACGGAGCUCUGCUCAUAGCAGGUGGGGAGGAGGGCCCUCGGCGGCAGCGCAGCAGCGUCUCUGGAGGAAAAAAGCCUCCGAAACGAAAUGCCGUGUACAGACGACUGCAGAACUUCCUGUACAAUGUCCUGGAGAGGCCACGAGGAUGGGCCUUUAUCUAUCAUGCCUACGUGUUCCUGCUUGUGUUCUCCUGCCUGGUUCUGUCUGUGUUCUCCACCAUCAAAGAGUACGAGAAGAGUUCGGAGGACGCGCUCUACAUUCUGGAAGUGGUGACUAUCGUGGUGUUCGGGGUGGAAUACAUGGUGAGGAUCUGGGCUGCAGGCUGCUGCUGUCGGUACAGAGGCUGGAGAGGACGACUCAAGUUCGCCAGGAAACCCUUCUGUGUCAUCGACAUCAUGGUGUUGAUAGCGUCCAUCUCAGUGUUGGCUGCAGGUACUCAGGGGAACGUGUUUGCUACCUCAGCCAUCCGUUCUCUUCGGUUCCUUCAGAUUCUGAGGAUGAUCCGGAUGGACCGUCGCGGUGGAACCUGGAAAUUGCUGGGCUCCGUGGUCUAUGCCCACAGCAAGGAGCUGAUCACGGCGUGGUAUAUUGGUUUCUUGUGUCUCAUUCUGGCCAGUUUCCUCGUUUAUUUGGCAGAAAAAGAAGAUAAUGAACAGUUUGAGACAUACGCAGAUGCCCUUUGGUGGGGACUGAUCACCUUGACAACUAUCGGUUAUGGAGACAAGUUCCCCAUCACCUGGAACGGACGUCUGUUGGCUGCAACCUUCACUCUGAUCGGAGUGUCAUUCUUUGCUCUGCCUGCUGGGAUCCUGGGUUCUGGUUUUGCUCUGAAGGUUCAAGAGCAACACAGACAGAAACACUUUGAGAAGAGACGAAACCCAGCAGCUGGACUUAUACAGGCAGCAUGGAGGGUUUAUGCCACUAAUUUGAGCCGAACCGACCUGACGUCAACCUGGGAUUAUUACGAGAGGACAGUGUCUGUCCCCAUGUACAGGUUGAUUCCACCUCUCAAUCAGCUGGAUUUAUUGAGAAACCUCAAGAACAAAUCAGGACUCUCCUUCAGGAAGGAUGCCCAGCCUGAACCGUCUCCCAGUCAGAAGGUUAGUCUGAAGGAGAGGGUCUUCUCGUCUCCCCGGAGUUCAGGAACCAAAGGGAAAGGUUCUCCUCAGCAUGUCGUUCCUACAGUUGGUCCUGCUGUUGCUCCUGGAGUCCCUGGAGGUCCUGGAGGCAUGGGGAGUGUUCAGGCCCUGCGACGGUCCCCCAGCAUGGAGCCCAGUCUGGAGGACAGUCCAAACAAGGUUCCAAAGAGCUGGAGUUUUGGAGAACGUAGCAGAACCAGACAGGCCUUCAGGAUCCGAGGAGCUGCCUCACGCCAAAACUCUGAGGAUGCCAGCCUGCCAGGAGAAGACAUGGCCGAUGACAACAAGAGCUGCCACUGUGAGUUUGUCCCUCAGGAUCUGACCCCGGGGUUAAAGGUCACCAUAAGAGCCAUCUGUAUCAUGCGUUUCAUGGUGUCUAAGAGGAAGUUUAAGGAGAGUCUUCGUCCCUAUGAUGUAAUGGAUGUGAUCGAACAGUAUUCAGCCGGACACCUGGACAUGCUCGCCCGCAUUAAGAACCUCCAGUCAAGAGUGGAUCAGAUAGUCGGCAGAGGAACACCAAUUGCAGACAAGGACCGUCCCAAAGCAGCCAAUGAGGAGCUCCCUGAGGACCCAAGUAUGAUGGGACGUUUGGGGAAGGUGGAGAAGCAGGUCCUGUCCAUGGAGAGGAAGCUGGACUUCCUGGUUAACAUCUACAUCCAGCGAAUGGGAAUCCCUCAGGCUGAAACUGACGCCUACUUUGGAUCCAAGGAACCGGACCCGGCCCCCCCCUACCACAGUCCAGUGGAUCAGCUUGAGAAGAGCCAGUCCAUUUCCAAGAUCCCGCAGGUGUUACCUGGUGACCUCGUUGAGAAGAGUCGUUUUGUGAUAAAGAUGGUCCGAUCUAGCAGCUCGACUGGGCACAGGAACUAUAAUGUCCCUACCUGUCCACCGUCCACCUCCUGGCAGCCAAUCAGCUCCCAGCUCCACCAGCAGGCCCAGCCCCCUCCCCAGCGUAGCCAUGGCAACACUCCAAGUCCAGUUGGGGAUGGGUCACUGGUUCGACUCCCACCUCCACCAGCCGGAGAGAGACACGGCGGGAACCGAUUGAGCCGACACAGCACCGGAGAACGUGGGGGGGCGGAGAGACCAGAGAAGGGAAGAGAGGGGGCCAGUGGGACCGGAGGAGGGGGAGGGGAGGAGAUAAAGCCGGACAGCGACACCUCCAUCUCCAUCCCAUCUGUGGACCAUGAGGAGCUGGAGCGCUCCUUCAGCGGCUUCUCCAUCUCCCAGUCCAGAGAGAACCUCGACUUCCUCAACAACAGCUUCUACUCGUCCUCCAACAACCUGGGAGACCACCAAGGAGGAGGAACAGGAGGAAGAGGAGGAGGAGGAGGAGGCGGUGGCGGUGCUGCCCGCUGCGCCACUGUCCGGCCAUACAUCGCAGAGGGCGAGUCAGACUCUGACUCGGAGCUCUGUGUUCCCUCACCACAUUCAGACCAGGCCUGGACCGGAACCAAGUAGAGUCACAGAUCAACUGGAGCUUAAACCAGCAGAACAGUUCAAUUAAACUGUGAAAUGGGUCCAAGAUAACAGACCGGUACAAAGACUUUAAACACAGGUUGAAGUGAAGCAUCAUGGAACUGUGAAUGGCACAAAGCAUCUGGAGGGAGGGGUGUAAAUGUCAAUGUUAUCAUUGGGUCGCCACUGGGACACGCUCACACCUGAUUGGUUGCUUGAUUCCAUGUUAAAGACUUUUAUUAAUGUCACAUAACCGCAGCUUAUUGUUAAAUUUAUUAAUUGUUUUAAAAGACCUGACUCAAAGCAUCAUGUGAACAACACGUAUGACAUCACCAUGCCAACAGACUCUAGAGCUAAAAAUAAACUAAAGAGCUGUAACUACAAUUACUUAGAUACAUACAUACAUACAUAGACUGAAUGAAGAGAUAAGAAGAAUGUGAUGCUGUAUUUCACAUCAUAAGUGUUUUUAUUUCAUGUGUUUUUAUUAAACAUGUUUAUUUUACAUUGUUCCAAAAAAUGUGAAUCUGCUUUUUUGGAUCUAAAAACAAAUGUUUUUUUCAAUGUUCUUGUUUGUUUGUUAAACACAAUCAUGUAUUAUUAGUUGAUAGUGAUGAAAUCUGUCUGUCUGUCCAUGUACUGUCCAUAUUUACAGAAUAUUAAACUUCCAAAGGUUACUUACACCAAAUCAUGAAAUCCACCUUGUUCCUCUGCAGUGAAAACACAAAUUAGUUUGAAUUUAAACUUUUCAUAAAUUAUGUCUGUUUUUUUAAAUUUUAUUCUGCGCAUCUGUUAAUUUCCAAUGAUGAGGAAAAAGUUCUUUUUUCAGAGUCCAUUUGUGAUCGGCCAGACAUCAAAAGUGUAGCUAACUGUUUUUAACACCCGACAUGUUGUUAGUUUGCUGU